AUGACGAGCUGGUGGAAGAGGACUUGGCGUUAUCUCUCGUCGCAUUCCAACUUCUUCGUCGUGGCCGGAGGCCUCGUCGGUGGUGCCUAUCUCGUAUCUCAGUAUGCCAUCUCCAAGCUCCAGCAAAUCCAGGAGAAGCUCCUCAAUGACAAGAAUGCAAACGAGAACCUCCGCAGGAGAUUCGCUCAAAAUCAGGAAGACUGCACUUUCACCGUACUUGCUCUCUUGCCAACUUUAGGCGAUCAGCUAUUUGCCAAGCAUAAUGUCGAGGAGCUCACCGAAAGCUUACGUUCUCAAGCAGCUCCUCCCAUCUCAUCCGCUCCACUCGAACAACCUGCGCCCAUCGCUACCAACGACGCCCUCCAAGAAUCUGCAGCACCGCCCUCUGAACCCAACCCUGAGAUCGCGCAGGACGCACCACAAUCCGCCCCGACCCUGGCAGCCGAGCAGCCGACAGCACCACAGCAAACAGACAGCGCAGAAGCACCAUCUCCUCAGCUCAAUCCUCUUGCUAAGUCGUUCGUCCCCGGUAAUCUUACACCGCCCUCCAAGCCAGACCCCGUCUCUGCCGUCAACGGUGCCGAAACCGCAGCGCAGAUUGAGGACAAGCCUGAAGAGGCAGCAAAAGCUCCCACCAACGGCACCACAUACGCAGAGGCCGCUGCUUCUACAGUCCUAAACGGCACCCACCCGUCGACCUCCGAGUCUCUAUCCCUACCAUCACAGCCCACCAAAGCUGCCGACGCAUCACCUCGGGAUGCUGUCGCUCCUGUCAAGCCGGAUCACUCGCAUCUGGAUGCACAAGAGCAGCGCAACAGAAUUCUCGCAGAAAAGCAGGCAAAGCUUCGCCUCUGGAACAAUCUCAAAUUGACUGCCUUUACCCGUACCAUCACUUCGCUAUACUGUGUCGUCCUCCUCACCCUUCAGACUCAUAUCCAGCUCAACCUUAUCGGUCGUUUCGCCUAUCUCGCUUCGGUCCAAGCACUCGCCUGCGAGUCGCCCUCCUUGUCUGACCCUUCGAGCGGCCUCGACCAUGACACCGAACGCCUCUACCUUACUUUCAGUUGGUGGUUCCUCCGCCAAGGAUGGGACCGACUCUCCGAUCGCGUCUCCGCCGCAAUCGAAAAGACUUUCUCGCCGCUCUCUGUCAAGGCACAACUUUCCAUGGCCGACCUGAGGGCAUUACUCAACGAUGCACGCUACAUCAUCGAGCAUGAUGCACCAACUACUCCUCAGGCCUUAGAACAGCCAUCAUGGAAGCAAUCCAACUUCCUCCAGGUCCUCUUCCCCAACUCGAUCGACGAAGAAGUUGAUGUACUCGUCGGUGCUGGCGCUCUCGAAGCCGAUGGUGCACACUACGCUCUCGCCACAAAUCACAAGCUUCGAGCUCUUCUCGACGAGACAAAAGACGUCAUCGAGUCCAAAGACUUUGGUACUAUCCUUGCACUUUGCAUCGACCGCGUCUUCGAGAUCUUCUUCGACAGUCUUAACCCUACUUUUGGCAUCCAGAAGUCUGGCAAGCUGCACUCGACUAUCUCGGUCGAGCCCCUUUCAGCGCUCGAGUCGCGCUUUCAGGAGAUCACAGAUGAGAUGCAACAUGGCAAGCGCGUUCGUCUUGCUUCCCUCUUCCCUCUCGUUUCACGACAAAGUCAGAUGGCCAUCCGUGGCGUUCCCAACGAAUACAUCGAGGCUCUUGCCGACUCGAAAGAGUUGAGAGCCUUUUCCGCCGUUCUGUAUGCUGCCUGGUCAUCUUUGUAA